GCUUCGGGGGGAAUCUGAAGUGGCAAGUUCAAAGAAGUAGAUCUAGCACCUCAAAUCUAUGAGCAGCUGCAGUACAGUAUAUUUGAAUGGUGUUUGUUCCACUGGCAUGGCUCGACGUCAAAGUCAUUACAAAGUCUCUUCUACGUACACAGACAAUAGUGACUCAACAUGUUCGGAAAUUGAGUUAAAGAGUGGAAGAGGAAUGUCAAGUGAUAGAAGACAGUACCUUCAUCAUCAGAUCCAACCGCCUUCCUGCAUUCAGGUUGAUGAUUUGUGUGACGACCUUUCUAAAGGCAACUGCACAAUGUUGGAAAAUGAACGACUGAUGUCCCACUUUCAGGAAAACUCUUUGAGAAAAGACUUGGAUCAGUCGAGAGAGCUCUUGCGUCAAAGCAGCAUGCCACAUAUUCCCUAUCAGUCUGAACAUCAUUCGCCUACUUUAUGCAAUUGUUACCAGCAAAGCAUAUCAAAUGAUGUUGAGAGGGAAAGACUGGCUCGUGAGAGAUCUGACACAGAGAAGUUGCGUAUGAUGGACCUACUCAACACAUCUUUGUCACGAUCCACUGCUGCAAGCAUUGCAGACCCUCUGUUGCAGGGAAUCUCCUCAGACGUAAUGUGCCUCAAGAGUGAAGUGAUGGAAGCUCAGCUGGGAGUGAACAAGAGUAAAGCCACCACUGCCAGCAUGGAGUCCAGAAUCAGGAAUAUAGAGAAGAAGGUUGAAGAAGCCUCAUCUCACGGCAUCAAUGCAAGGCAGUUAAAUGAAGUUGCUGAAGAAAUUAGGACGAUCAAGGAUGACUUAGAGAGGAGUGAUGCUAAUCAAAAAACGCUGAAAUUACAGACAUUAGAGAGUGAGUUGGGCAAUGAACGUGAUCGCCACUCAGUCAGUCGUCUGGAAGUGGAGAGGCUCUCUAAUGAUCUUUACAGACUGGGAGAAGAGCUAAAGAACACUCAGCAGAAUAAAAGAAAGGUUGCUUGUUGUCUGAAAGCCACAAGUCACAAACUUGAUUCUUCAAUGUCAAGUAAAGAAAUUCUAAUGGGGGAAAUUCAAGAUGUGAGGCACCAGCUCACACUUAGUGAGGAAGCAAGGCUGCUUUGUGAAUCAAAAAAUGGAUCACUUAUGGAUAAGCUUAGUAAGCAAGAGAUGGGGCAACACCUCUUCAAAGAGAAACUUCAAAGAGUUGAGAAUAGGAUUCAAAAUAAUGAGGAAGAGCGAAGUAUGAUGGCUGCAAAAAUUGAAGAGCUCGGCUCCCUACUAGCCUCAUCACAGGCUGCUGAAUCUCAGUGGAGGGACUGUUGUGACCGUCUCGAGGCACAAAUACUAGAAAUGUCAAGUCACAGUGAGAUGCUGGCUAGUGUGAGAAGACAGCUGAUGGAUGUGGAGGAAGAGUGCUCUCGAAUGAUGCAAAAGCUCGGUCACCUUACGGGGGAGCAAGAGGCUGCUCAUCAAGAGAGGACAACUCUUCUAAGCAAGAUCUCCGAGCUUGAGAGUACUGUCUGUCAGAGUGAAGGGGAGUGCUCUCGUUUAAGGGAGGAGGCCCAGGGGCUGUCAGCUCAGUUACAGGCCUCACAUCAGGAGAAGUCAGUGGUAGUAGAGCAAGGAGGAGAGGGCCUGGACAGAAUUAAAUCACUUCAAGAGCAAAACAAGCAGUUGAACAUACAAAUAUCAGAGCUUGAAAGUAGGGCUGAGCAACAGUUGCUGACAUGUCUUAAUGAGCAAGCUGCUAACAGUCAAAUGCUUCAAAAGUACAAAGCCAGGUGUAAAAAACUGUUACAAGAGAGGGUGAGAUUUGGAGAAGAUUUUGUAAGACUAAAGAAUGACUGUAAAUGUAAAGAACUAGAAGAUCAACUCAUCCAAUGCCAGGCAUAUAUUGAAGCAGAUCGUGAUGGAUCGCUAAUGCUGAAGCAUGAAAAUAAUGGCCUGAAGUCCAAAUGUCUUGCAAGUUGCAAAAAAUUGAAGCAACUCUCUGAUAAAUGUCAAACGCUGGAAUCAUUGAGUGCAGAGCUUCAAGCAAGUGAAGAAUCACAAAUGCACUCAAAAGUGAAGUGCGAAGAAGAACUUUGUGCCCUUCAAGCUUAUAAUGAAUCACUGAUGCUCAAAAACACUUCACUUCAGCAGAAAUUGUGUAAAGUGAUUGGCGAAGCUAGUACACUGAGUAAGCAGUUGGAGACUGUCAGAGCUGAGAAUAUGAAAAUCAGUAAGAACUUCACUGCUGAAAAUUCUGUACUUUCUAAGAAACAAAAUAAGUUGACACAAUUGUGUAAGAGCCUCAAGACCGAGGUUGCAUCUCUUCAGAGCGAGUGUUCUCAACUAAGAAGUAACAAAAAUAAGAAUGCUACAAAGUUGCAAAAGGUUGAGCAAGCAUGUCAGUUCAGAGAGAAAGAGCUGCAUCAAGAAAUGGAAACGUUAAAGGUGUCUCUGCAGGUGGAGCUAGACAGCUUGGUUCAUGAGCACAACAGAGUAGUAUCUAAUUUAAAGCAGGAGAUUACCCAACUCCAGGUAAGACUAUCAGAUGAGCAGUCAACUGUGAGAGCAGUAAGGCUGCAGCAGAGAAAGGCUCUGGAGGGCCAGCAGAGAUUAGUGGAGGAAGACCUUUCAAGGUCACUGAAAGACUCUGAGAGAGUCAAACACAAGUACUCCAAGACAAAGAAAUAUCUUCAAGACAAAGUUUUUCAGCUGCAAAGAAGGCUGGAUGACACCAAGUGUGAAGAAACACUGAGACUUGAUUAUCGUUCCCCAUAUCAAGACAGUCUGGCCACUGCAACGGAGGACCAUAAUGAACUUUUAAAGGCACUUUCCAUUGAAGUAGAUAUUGUUGUGAGGAAACUGAGUGCAAGGGUGGACAUCCCAGAAUUUCUGACCAUGCCUGCGGAUACUGGCAGUGACACCAAGGCGUUGUUUGCAGAGCUUCUGACAAAAACUCAGUGGUUAAAAAAGGAGGUGGUGCAAUUGCUUGCCCAUGAAGAGCAGCUGUGUGUUUUGUUGGAUAGGAAGCAGUGCAACAAAGUUGGGAAUGCCAAUCGUCUCUGUGACAGUAGCCACUCAAUCAGUAGAAAAAGUAGCUUGCAGUUGGAACACUUAUAGUCACAAUCUAGCAUCGUUUAUAUUCAGGAAACACUUUUAUCCACAUUGUACAUUGCUCAUUGCUCAAGCAGACACACUGAUCUCUUAAUCUAUACCAGUCGUGUUACACUGUCAUGUGUUUUCUUUG